UUUUUGUUUGGAAAUCCAAAAGCAUAACCCACUCCCAUAAAACUCACGAUGCGCGCUGCCACGCUGGUCGCAGUGCUCGUGGUGAUUGCGCUCGCGUCCAUCAGCGCCGUUCCCGCGUCGCUCUCCAACAACCACCACGGCUCGAUCACCACCACCACCACCACCACCCUCUUCGGCAGUCAAUCCAACACUCUCUCCGUGCAGCAGCUGCACCCCGCACUCGCUGCUGCUGCCGGCCCCGUCCUCUUUGCCAGCGCACAGGAAGAAGACUCGUUCGGCGAUGAAGAAGACGAGGUCGUAGCCACGGACGACGACGGCGAUGACGAGGAAGUCGAGGUCGUUGUUCCAGCCAAGUCCGCAAAGUCCAAGACCACCACUGCGACCACGACGACGACGACUACGACUGGUGAUGACGAUGAGGAGGCUGUCGAGCAGGAGGUCGAGACGGCGCCCGCUGGCGAGUCGGAUGCCGAGGCCAAGCCACGCAAGGCAAAGAAGGCGCCCAAAGUUGCCCCUGUGCCGCGCGUUCAGAAGGUUCGCGGCCUGCCCGAAUUCACCUUCUCCAACUGGUACCCGGAACUGUUCAGCUUGCUCGGCAUGGUCGUGUACGUCCUGAACUACUUUACCGGUCGCUCCAAGAACACGACGCUCGCCACUGCUUGGGCUCGCGAGAACGGCGCCAUCUUGCAAAAGAACUUUGCCCAAACCACGGAUCCCGAGUCUCGCGCCAUGCUCUACCCGGAAAAUGCCAGCAUGUUCUACAACUGGUCCACCGGCCGCGUCAACUGCGCAGGCAUGCUGACCACGCUCGACUUCCUCCGUCGCCCCGAUCUCCUUUCGAUGGUGUUUGCCACCACUCUGCAGCCCGCCACCGACAAGAUUACCUACGCUGUUGAGAUGAACAACGACGCCAUGGACACGUUUGUGGUGGCGUUCGGUCCCAAGGCCAAGCUGACCAAGCUUCGUUCAGAGAUGCACGAUCUUAGCUUCUUUACGACCGGCUACUCUGGAGAAUCGUACGGCCUGCCUGCGUCCUUUGCUGUUCAUACCGACUGCCCCGAGGUCGCUCGCGAGCUCAUCACACCCGAACUUGCCGAACGCAUCCGUGCCAACCCCAAGACAUUCGAUGUUUUCCACUUCUCUGACAAGUUCCAAGGCACGAUCGACAACGAAGUUCCGGCUGACCAGCGACCCACCCCUCGUCCCAUGCUCUUCAUGACGUUCAAUCUGGUUGGAUCGGCGCGAGGCAUGGUCCAGUCUGUCGAAUACACGCAGUUGGUCAUUGAUCUGCUUGACAAGGUUGCCCGCACCCGACUAACAUCUCAGUCCAAGCAGCGAGCAGACAAGAAGCGCGCUCAGAUGCAAGACGAAUUGAACAAGAUUGCGCACCAGAAACUGCAAGAGGCCGCGCAACUCAAACGCGAAGAAAAGCUCCGCCUGGAGCGCCAGCAGGCCAUGAACUCGAGCGAUCCAGAUGCUCGUGCCAAGUGGGAAGAGAAGCAGCGAAAGGACGAGAUGAAGAAGCGGAUGGCCAAGGGCAAGAUUGCCGUCAUGCGUUAAAUCUCCUCUUAACCCUAAGGCGUGCCCAUACUAGAGUAGAGUUUCUCCUCCAUUCUGUGUGUGUGUCCUAUGAUUUCACAAUUACAUGUUUCAUGAUUGCAAGCGAA